UUCCACGCUGUCCAGCAUACCUGCUACAGUGUGGAAAAGACACAGUCCAGACAGUGUCACUACACUCAUAGUGAAGAUGGGCAAUGAACAACUGCAGGAAAAGCUGGAUGCCCUUCAGUGCCAUUUCACAUGGGACUUGGGUGUAAUAGGCCAUGUUGAACCUGCACAUGUCCUGCAGAAGCUGGCUGUUGAAAUCAAGCACACCCCCCACCAAAACCAGGUGGCACUCUUGGGCCUGCAGGCAUACCUCUACCAGCAGAAAGGCCAGCACAGAAAGGCCCUGCAAAGCCUUGAAGAAGCUGAAAAGCAUCUGAGACAAGAUGAGCCAGAUGCCUUCUCUGCUGGUUCUUUGGUUAUCUGUGGGAAUUAUGCUUGGAUCCAUUACCUUCAGGCCUCUUACCCAGAGGCUGAGAGCUAUCUGGACCGAAUUCAGGCACUCUACCCAGCCCCUUGGGAUGCGGUGAUGAUCCAGUAUAUCCAGGCCCAGAAAGGCUGGUCCCUUUUGGCUGUCAGAGGCCGUAAUGGGGAACGGGCAAGGGAAUGCUUUCAGCUGGCAUUGAUGCUUGAACCGGGGAACAAGCAUUUCCAUGCUGGGCUGGGAAUGGCUUUUUUUGCCUCCUGGAUUUACUCCUGGUAUCCUGAUUUUGCAAAGAAAGCCAUAAUCCAGUUGGAAAGAACUGUCCUUGAGCAACCAGAUAACUACAGAGCCAAGAUAUCUUUAGCCAGGCUGCUUGAAUCACGGGAUGAAGAAAGAUCAACUGGCUUGAUAGAAGAAAGUGCAGAGAAAAGCUCUGAUCCUGAAGUCCUCAAAAGUGUAGCUCUAUUAUGGCUGCCACAGUCGGCAGAGCGAUCAAUUGAGAUAUUGCAGCGAGCCCUGCAGCUGGAUCCAUAUUACCACCUUCUCUAUCAAGCCUUGGCCAAGUGCUAUAAGAAACAGUGGCUUAAUGCAGAGAAGGAAAACAAGGAGAAGAUGUUGGAGGCAGGCAUCAAAGCCCUUGAGGAAGUUCUUCAGAAAUGUCCAGACCUCGCCCUCGUGCAUAUAAAGCUGAAAUUAGCAGAGUUAUAUGGUGAAAGAGACCCAUCACAGGAAGAGCAGAUCUAUAAGGAGCUGCAGAGGAGAGAGGACACCCUCAGCCUCAGACACCGUCAAGCCCUUUGUCUCCACUGGGGAAAGUUCCUCCUCUACAAGAAGAAAGCACGUCAGGCAGCAAUUGAAAAGUUUAAGGAUGGAUACAGAAUUCCCCUCCUGACGGGAGAGAGACAGGAAUGCAUGCAGAAGCUGAAGCAGCUGUCUUGGCCCACCCAAAAUAGUGAGGGCUAUGCUAUCUACCGCUUCAUUCAAGAGACCGACCAGCAGGGGCUUGUAGAAGUUGCUAGGAUUGACGCGGAUUGAUUAGGAGCCCCAAUUCCAGAGAAAGGGGGACAUCCUUUUCUCAGAAUUGUUGUCUGUCUGUCUGAUGGCAGGCCAUCACCCCAUUUAGAUACACGGGUCCCAUAAGCUUCUUAGGCCACCCCAUUGCUGGUUGAUUAAAUAUAGGCCAACCCACAGUGAACCGACUGUCCCAGAUUUACACACCCUGCUUUCAUUCCUAUUUCUCUGGAAGAAGAAGGAAGGGAAAACAAAUCUGAAGAAUUUGGCUGACAGGCUCUGAGCAAGAUCCUUUGCAAGUGUAGACCUGUGUCAUUCCACUGGAGCUAAUGGAGAUCAGAGCUAAGCUCUGAUUAGGGCAGCAUGAUAAAUUAAAUCUCUUUAAUUACCAUCUACCAUUUACACCAAAUAAGAAGGUGGCCCUUCUUAAGAUCACUAGCUGACAUGUUGUAAACAGGUCUUGGAUAGGUUGAAGCACUAGCAUAAGACAGAUAGAUGGUCCCUGUCUGCACAGUUGCAUUAAAUGCUAAUGAAGCUGUUGAUUAGGUUGCAUACAUUUGUGAUUAGAUUGGCAGUAACCCUUUGAAGUGUGUGUGUGCUUGCCCCUGCCUGAACAGAAACAGGGGAUCUGCUCUCUCCCAGUGGUGCCCAGUUAAGAGGAGCCACUGGGAGCUAUAUACUCAUCUCUGCUUUUGUGGCCAAUAGGAAGUUUUUAACAUUCUUUGUUCAAUAAAUAUUUCAAAUGCUUUUCCAUCUGA